UUCCUGCUGUAACGUAGCGUAUCUUCCUGAACAUGUCACAUUAAUACAGCAUUUCAUCUCAAAAUGGGUCAUAUCUACUUGUAACCCAGCAGUUUUUGCUGCACAUGGAUGGCAUCAAAUCAAGGAAUGAUUAUGCGUUAGUUCAUUUCAAACGUAAUUCUAUGGUUUCAAACAAAAAUCCGAUAUUGCCUGUAGAAUCGACUUGUGAAGGGAACGGCACCAUGAUGUACUGCAUGACCUCAGAGCAUGCGGCGGGGGAGGACUACACAGAGGUGGCCAGGCACUUCAAUGUGGACGUAAAGACUGGCUUAAGUCAUGCAGAGGCAGAAGCCAGACAGAAGGCACAUGGAUAUAACGAAUUUGAGAUUAUUGAAGAGGAGACUUUAUUGAAAAAAUACCUUGGUCAGUUCAAGGAUCCCCUGAUAAUGCUGUUGCUGGGCUCAGCUUUAGUCAGUGUUCUUAUGAAACAGUUUGAUGAUGCAAUUAGUAUAACAGUAGCCAUAACAAUAGUGGUAACAGUGGCAUUUAUACAGGAAUAUAGAUCAGAAAAAUCCUUAGAGGCCCUGAAACAAUUGGUCCCUCCAAAAUGUCACUGCCUCCGUGAUGGUCAUUUAGAAACAUUUUUAGCUCGGAAUUUGGUACCAGGAGACAUAGUUCACUUGACUAUUGGUGACAGGGUUCCAGCAGAUAUACGCUUAUUUGAGACAACAGACUUAUCCAUAGAUGAGUCUAGCUUUACGGGAGAAACCCAGCCAGCCAACAAGACUUCAGCAGUCCAAGGUGCUAAGAUUAAUAAUGGUAUUGCAGACAGAAGAAACAUAGGCUUCAUGGGGACUCUGGUCAGGUGUGGGAGAGGAAAGGGUAUAGUCAUAGGUACUGCAGAAAAUUCAGAGUUUGGAGAAGUUUUUAAAAUGAUGCAGGCUGAAGAGCCUCCCAAGACCCCCCUGCAGCGGAGUAUGGACACCCUGGGAAAACAGCUGUCUUUCUAUUCCUUUUGCAUCAUAGCUGUGAUCAUGUUGAUAGGCUGGCUGCAGGGCAAGCACAUGUUAGAAAUGUUUACUAUUGGUGUAAGCCUGGCAGUGGCUGCCAUACCAGAGGGUCUCCCUAUCGUAGUGACGGUCACUCUGGCCCUGGGGGUCAUGAGAAUGGCCAAAAGAAAGGCCAUAGUUAAGAAACUGCCCAUAGUGGAGACUUUAGGCUGUGUGAACGUCAUCUGUUCGGACAAGACGGGCACUCUCACCAAAAAUGAGAUGACGGUGACGCAUAUUUAUACAUCUGAUGGACUCCAUGCAGAGGUCACAGGGGUUGGGUACAAUGGCAAUGGGGAAAUCCGCUGCAAUGGAAACCUAGUCAAAGACUACACUCAUCCUUCUAUUAGCAAACUCAUGGAGGUGAGCUGCUUGUGCAAUAACGCUGAGAUUGAAAAUAACACUUUAUUGGGUCAACCCACAGAGGGAGCGCUCUUAGCGGCUGCUAUGAAGAUGAACUUAUACAACCUGAGAGACGGGUAUGACAGGCUUCAGGAGUGGCCUUUCACCUCCGAUACUAAAAAAAUGGUUGUGAAAUGUGUGCCAAAACAGGGACCUCGCCAAGAGAUGUAUUUUGUAAAAGGAGCACUAGAGCGUCUGCUGCAGCAAUGCAAGACAUACUAUUCUAGGGGGGCGCCCUUGCCACUCACAGGGGCUCAGCAGCAUGCUUACACAUUAGAGGCCUCCAGGAUGGGGGUGGCAGGGCUGAGAGUGUUAGCCAUGGCCUAUGGUCCCAGUAUGGACAACCUGAUGUUUGUGGGUAUGGUGGGGAUGAUAGACCCUCCCAGGCCGGGAGUGAGGGAGUCCGUAGAGGUGCUGGUGUCCAGUGGGGUGGCCAUUAAGAUGGUCACUGGGGACGCUGAGGAGACUGCUGCAGCAAUUGGAAGCCGGCUAGGUCUCUAUUCUCUAGGAGGACACACAUUAUCAGGGGAGCAGCUUGAUCAAAUGGAUAUAUCUGAACUCCAGCGUAUAAUCAACAGAGUGGCCGUGUUCUACAGAGCCAGUCCCAGACAUAAGCACAAAAUUGUUAAAGCUUUACAGAACAACAAGUAUAUAGUUGGUAUGACAGGGGACGGUGUGAAUGAUGCUGUGGCGCUGAGAAGUGCCGACAUUGGCAUCGCCAUGGGAACAGUAGGAACAGAUGUAUGCAAAGAGGCGGCUGAUAUGAUUCUGGUGGACGAUGAAUUCUCAACUAUCAUGUCUGCAAUAGAGGAAGGAAAAGGCAUAUUUUAUAAUAUCAGGAAUUUUGUGAGAUUUCAGCUCAGCACGAGUAUAGCAGCAUUAACACUAAUCACCCUGUCCACUGUAUUUGGCCUUCCCAAUCCUCUGAAUGCCAUGCAGAUUUUGUGGAUCAAUAUAAUCAUGGAUGGGCCACCUGCGCAAAGUUUGGGCGUAGAACCAGUAGACCAUGAUGUCAUCCGCCAGCCUCCGCGCCGCGUGAAUGAUUCCAUACUGAGCCGAAAGCUGCUCUCCAACGUGGUCCUCUCUGCUUUAAUCAUAGUCACAGGGACAUUGUGGGUGUUUUGGAGGGAGAUGAGCGACAAUAAGAUCACUCCCCGUGACACCACCAUGACGUUCACCUGUUUUGUUUUCUUUGAUAUGUUUAAUGCUCUCAGCUGUAGGUCACAGAAAAAGUCAGUGUUCUCCAUAGGUUUGUUCAGUAACCGCAUGUUCCUGCUUGCUGUUGGUGGCUCCCUCUUGGGGCAACUGCUGGUGAUCUAUUUCCCUCCAUUACAGGCCAUAUUUCAGACUGAGGCUCUAUAUUUAACAGAUUUCCUAUUUUUAAUAGCUCUCACAUCCAGUGUUUUUGUUGUAACAGAAAUACGUAAGCUAAUUGAGAGAACUUCAGAGAGGAGGAGAAGACUAUUUGCCAAGGAAAAAUUCUAUGAUGAUCACGAUAUUGUAUGAUGUAAAGUAGAAAAAAUAUAGUGUUAACUUAUACAUUGGUUCACUAGUGCAACCUGUGGCUUAUGGUUGUGGAUAUUUAUGUAUGAUUGUAGACAACAAAGUCAACAAAGGCUGAAGGAUUAUAUUCUUUAUUUUAAAAGUAUUUCACCUUGUAACCUAGUCACAGUUUUUGCAUUGACAAAUGUUGUAUUGACAAAUUUUUUUGCAUUUAUCUCUUUUGUGUCAUAAUUUUGAUUCUGGGUGUUUUUCUUUUAAGUAAGAAUUUUUAGAGUCGCAGGUAAAACUGCUAUGGCAUAAGGUAUCUUGGUAGAUUUUUUUUUAAUUUGUUUGUUGGAAACUUGCUAGCACGUCAGUUUCAUGGGGUAUUCUGGAAGCACAUGUGCAACUUCAAGGCCAACAUUAUCAAAAAGUUCCAUUUUUAAAAUUUUCUUGUUAUUUGAAUACUUAGAUGCUUUGAUCUAGUGUAAUUAUGAUAUCAGAUUGAAAGAAUUUGAGUGCAUGAAGAAACUGUUUAUUAGGACAUUUAUGAUUAGUCCCUUAGGAAGGGGAGUUCAAGGGGUUCUAAAGAAUUGCCCUUCUUGGCUGGGAAAAGACUGAAUCAAAAUUAGAUCUAGGCACUAUGCCAUUUCUCAAGGAGGGUCACCUAAAAGGGGUAAAAAAAAGAUGCACUUUUUUAGAAAAAGACCUCCCUCUGACAUUGCUGGUUACAGGCCUGGCUUACCUGUUGAAGAUGGUACUUGCAGCAACAGUGUCUUGCAAAAAUGGACCAAUUGCAAAAGGUUCAAGAAAUUAUUUCCAAUUGAAUUUUACAAAGGAUUUUGACAUCUCAGCUGAUAUUUUUUUCUGGCAGUCUUUCUUUUAAGAAAAUUAAAAUUUUAACUUAUGGUACACAAGGACAUGAGAUUAUGAUAUGAAUUUAUUUGUUUAUAACAUUUUCCUUCCAGUUGUCAUCAUAGUUCUUUUAUUUGUAUCAUCAGUGUAUUUUCAGAGUUGAAAACUGUUUAAAUACCCUGACACGAUAACAUGGCCAUUUGACAUCCAUGUGCCUAGUAAAAAAAACUUCAAUUAAAAUAAAUGAGAGAAUCUACUACAAUAAAA